CAGAAAGAACAGUCAAAAUGCAGGCAGGGCACCGGACAAAGCAAUGAAAGCAGCAAAGACAGCAAAAAUGUCAUUUUUUAAAAAUUUCAAAUUUCCCGCCGGUUUCCGCCGCCAGAACGUUCCGACGUCACGGGGACCGGAACACGGAAGCCAGAUGCCGGCAUCCGCCGAGGAGGAGAUGGACGGGGACACUGCAGGGGACCAUCGUGUGGAGCGAAGGACAAGGUAAGUGCUGCAGGGACCCCCAGAGAACGCUGCAUGGUAAGCCCGAGUGUAGCUCGGGGUUACCGUUACUUGGUAUAGAAAU